UCACCCAAGUCUUGCUGACUUUGACCCAUGUCCAAGACUCUUCCCUGGGCUUCAAACCCCCAUGGAGAAGUAAGGUGCCCAUCAGAUGGGGAGAUGGCUGAUGCACAGAACAUCUCGCUAGACAGCCCAGGGAGCGUGGGCGCUGUGGCAGUGCCCGUGGUGUUUGCCCUCAUCUUCCUGCUGGGCACAGUGGGCAAUGGGCUGGUGCUGGCUGUGCUGCUGCAGCCCAGCCCGAGCGCCUGGCAGGAGCCUGGCAGCACUACGGACCUAUUCAUCCUCAACCUAGCGGUGGCCGACCUCUGCUUCAUCCUGUGCUGCGUGCCCUUCCAGGCCGCCAUCUACACCCUGGACGCCUGGCUCUUUGGGGCCCUCGUGUGUAAGGCUGUGCACCUGCUCAUCUACCUCACCAUGUAUGCCAGCAGCUUCACGCUGGCCGCCGUCUCGGUGGACAGGUACCUGGCGGUCCGGCACCCGCUGCGCUCGCGGGCCCUGCGCACGCCGCGCAACGCCCGCGCCGCCGUGGGCCUGGUGUGGCUGCUGGCGGCGCUCUUCUCGGCGCCCUACCUCAGCUACUACGGCACGGUGCGCUACGGCGCGCUGGAGCUCUGCGUGCCCGCCUGGGAGGACGCGCGCCGGCGCGCCCUGGACGUGGCCACCUUCGCCGCCGGCUACCUGCUGCCCGUGGCCGUGGUGAGCCUGGCCUACGCGCGCACGCUGCGCUUCCUGUGGGCCGCCGUGGGCCCCGCGGGCGCGGCGGCCGAGGCCCGGAGACGGGCCACGGGCCGCGCGGGGCGCGCCAUGCUGGCGGUGGCCGCGCUCUACGCCCUCUGCUGGGGCCCGCACCACGCGCUCAUCCUCUGCUUCUGGUUCGGCCGCUUCGCCUUCAGCCCGGCCACCUACGCCUGCCGCCUGGCCUCGCACUGCCUCGCCUACGCCAACUCCUGCCUCAACCCGCUCGUCUACGCGCUCGCCUCGCGGCACUUCCGCGCGCGCUUCCGCCGCCUGUGGCCCUGCGGCCGCCGCCACCGCCGCCACCGCGCCCGCCGCCGCGUCCGCCCCGCCACCGCGGGCCCCGCCGGCCGCCCCGGGGACGCCCGGCCUCGAGGGAGGCUGGCGGCGGGCGGCGGCCGCGGCGGGGCCCCCGGGGGAGAGGCCGCGCGCGCCGCAGGGGCUGGCCGAGCCCCGUGCGCCCUGGGCCCCGAGCGAGCCUCGUGCGCCUCCACGGUGCCGGUGACCCCGGGCACGACCCCACCGGGCGGAUGGCGCCAACCCAACCCCGGGCGGCAGUCCCCCCAGGCGCCCUGGCCGAGCUGGGGCUCCAGCCCGGCGGACACCCCUGGAUGGUGACACUGGGUCACCCCAGCUAAGCGCAGCCCCCCGGGUCUGGAGUCUGGCCACAGCCAGCCGGCCUGAGAGCAGGCCUCUGCCCACGCCUCCAGCUUGGUCAGCACCUUCUAGGCGCGGCUUCCUCCGCUACCCUUCACCGGGCCCCUUCUCCCUUCCAGACGGCGUCCUGGGCAAUUUCGCACUAGCAGCAUAGUUAUGAAGCAUUUACUGUGGAUUUUCUGCGGUGCUACGUUCUUCAAUCUAAGCAUCAAAGCAGCUUUGCAAGGUAGAUACAAUUAGUUCCCUUUCUACAGAUGUAGAAAUCAAGGAUCAGAAAAGGUUUAGCGAUUGGGGGCACCUGGCUGGCUUAGUAGGUGGCGCAUAUGACUUUUGAUCUAGGG